ACGUGCAUAAGGAUGAAGGUAUAUAAAAUUAGCUUUUUGUAUGCUUUUUCCAUCAAUGUUUAUAAUAUAUAUCUGUCCAAAUGACAAAGUAUAUCGAGAUUCCAAAAUUUUAUUGGGCAACGCAAACCAUCUAACUAUGUAAACCAAAUUCUAGAGCAACCAACACGUUGAAAUUAACAAAUGGCUACCCCAAAGAUACCCACAGUUGAUUUGACUCCAUUCUUUAGAGAAGGAUAUGAUGAUGAAAAGAGAAAAAUUGUAGAUUCCAUUACUAAAGCUUGUUCUGAUUAUGGCUUCUUCCAAGUUGUAAAUCAUGGUGUACCCCUUGAUCUCACUAGUCAAGCUCUGAAGUUGGCCAAAACUUUCUUUGAGUCUCCAACUGAAGCCAAACUCAAAUAUUGUCCACUGCCUAAUGCACCUGUUCCUGCAGGCUAUAACAAGAAGCCUAAUCCUUCUUAUGAGUUCAAUGAAUAUCUCAUCAUGCUUCCACCUGGUUCAGAUUUUAACAUCUUCCCGGACAAUCAUCCGCUAUUUCGAGAGGUGAUGGAAGAGUUAUUCUCCCAAUUCUUGAAGAUAGGGAUGGUUGUCGAGAGAGUGUUGAGCGAGUGCCUGGGGCUUCCUCCCUGUGUUCUUAAAGAAUUCAAUAAUGACAGAAGCUGGGAUUUCCUCAUUGCUUUAUUUUACUUGCCGGCAACAGAAAAGGAAAGGAUAGGUGCAAGUUCACAUAAAGAUGUCAGUUGCUUCACAAUUGUGUUACAAGAUGAAGUUGCAGGCCUUGAGGUUCAAAAGGAUGGCGAAUGGAUCCUAAUAGCCCCACAACCAGGUGCUCUUGUUGUCAACAUCGGUGAUGCUCUUCAGGUCCUUACCAAUGACAAAUUCAAGAGUCCAACGCAUAGGGUGUUGAGACCUAAUGGAAGAUCAAGGAAUUCAUUUGCAUUCUUCUACAGUUUGUCAGGGGACAAGUUGGUUCAACCACUACCCCAGUUUACAAAGGAGAUUGCAGAAAAACCAAAGUACAGACCAUUCUUGUACAAAGAGUAUAUACAGAAAAGAAAAGAAAACAAGUCUAAGCACGUUACCAGGCUUGAAGACGAGAUUACCAUAUCGCACUAUGCAAUCCCCGAGGAGUGAUGUUAGACAAAAAAUAAAAGGUAACGUCUUGUAACUUGUAAGAAAUUAGCCUAUGAUCUCGCCAUUUUCACAAUUUUCUGAUACUGAUUUUUAUAAAUUUACGGCUCUCUUGUUUGCUUCUGGAAUUUUCAAAUUCAAUAGCAUUUCCCCUCUUGCAGUUUAUCUUUCUGAUAGUCAGUGGGGCAAGCCUUUUCUCUAGUGACUCGCCCCUCAGUUCAACUUUCGAUUCUUCUAUUUUUCUUUUGGCCAUAUUUUGAGAUUGUUUGAUUCAUUCAAAUAUCUUGGACAAGAUAAACUUGCAAAUUACUUCAUAUGGUAUCAGAGAGUAGAAUGUUCAUAGGCCA